CUCCAACCCAAAUCCUCCACCCUUACCUCAGCCCCCGCUCUUUUCUUUGUCCAGGAUUUCUGCGGCUGUGAAGUGGACUUUGACAAUUCCACUGAUGGGUUUGUCAGACUGGGUUAUGAUGGGGAGGAUGCCUGUGCUUUCGACAAGGACAUAAUGCGCUGGAUUGCACUAUGGCCAGAUUUCCAGGUGCUAGUAGAUCGGUGGAAUGUCAACACCGUCAUAAACAAGUAUUUCAAAGAUCUCCUGGAGAAGGACUGAGUGAAGUGGCUGCUGAUAUAUCUGGAGUGUGGACAAGAAGCACCACAUAGGAGCGGCACAGGACGUAAUCAUUCUGACUGUUGGAGAAAAAUUAUGAUUGGGAAAGAAGUAAGUUGGAAUGAUCUUAUAAUUGAAAGCUUUUUCUUCGUGUCUUCACUGAUUCUGACGCUUCUUACACUUGCAGAAAACCCUGAGGUAUUUAUUGUGAUUAAACGUGAUGGGUCGCAAUCACUGAGACUCUCCUGCCUUGUCACAGGCUUCUACCCACAGGCCAUCGAUGUAAUGUGGCUGAGAGAUGGUGAAGGGAUCCACGAGUCUGAAUCCAGUGAUUUGUUACCCAAUUGGGACGGGACUUACCAGCUGAAGAAUACAAUUGAAAUGAGUAGAGAAGAUGUGGCAAAAUCCCCCUGUUACAUCGAACAUACAACUCUGCUGCAGGGAGUCAAUGUUCCACAAGUGGCACUUCAAUGAGUCUGAUCACUUGAAACCAUAAACCUCCUGGACUGAGAUCUCCAGCGCAGUAAGGCAGCAGCUCCAGCGCUACGCCACAGUGCCACCCAUUAUUAAUUUGUGGUUAUCUUAUUGCCCAGAAAUAUUGAUAUUCAAUGGGAUGUAGUUUUAGUUUCAAGAUACAAUGCAGAAUCAGGUCCUUUGGCCCACCAAGUCCGCGUCAACCAGCGAUCCGUGCACAUUUACAUUAUCCUACAUAUUAGGGACAAUUUACAAUUUUACCGAAACCAAUUAACCUAGAAACCUGUGCGUCUUUGGAAUGUGGGGGAGAAAAAAGCACCCGGAAAAACUCACGCCAUCAUGGGGAGAAGGUACAAACUCCGUACAGACAGCACCCGUAGUCAGGAUUGAACCCAGGGUUCUGGCGCUGUGAUGCAGCAAAUCUGUCGCUGUGCGGAUACAGGUGCAAACAAUUAUGACGGGCGUAAAUGUAGUAAAUACUGGAAACGAUCUACGGAGGGGUUUUGCAGAGCAAGUCCAUAGCUCCAUGUAGGUGUCAACACAGGCAGAUAUAGUGAUUAAUAAGGUGUA